AUGCAGAUGUGUUCAUGGGCCACGGUUGUGGUCGUCACUUUGCUUGGCCGGGUGUGUGCUAAAGAAGCGGCCGCAGCAUGUUCCACAGCGAGCAUCGAUGGUUGCAGUUCCGCGAAGCCGGACGAGACCGCUUUGCUGCAGCUGGACUCCGGUGACCUCUCAAAGGCCUCGAAGGAGGGCCUCAACAGGCCUCGUCGUCGUUGGCAUCGUCGUGGAUCUGGCAAGAACGGAGCCUACUCAUACACGUACGGUAAGUAUGGAUACAAGACCACAGCCAAGACCACGUCCACUACGACCACGACUACCACUACAGUCCUUUGCAACUAUGUGAUUUCGAUCAGCCGCAGCGAUCAAGGUGCCAGCACGCAUUGGCAAAGUCGGACCGCGACUGGACCUCCGGGGACCACCUUUGAGACUGGGCGAGACUUCGACGAAUUCUGCUCCACUACCUACAAUGAGAACGCAUUCGGGGCCGACUUUUGCAUGCAGAACUUCAGCGUCCCAGCCGGAGUCCGCCUCAUCAAGAGCAGCACGGGUGACAUUGUCGGCAGUGGUGUUUGUUGCAACUGGGUCACGAACCACAUCCUGCAGGUAAGCAGUGACUGCGGCCCGACGGUAGUGGAGCCACCUGUUUGCACCUACACGGUCGAAGUCGAACGCAGUGAUCAGCCCGGCACUGGCAACUUCAAUCUUAAAGUGGCAGGCCCCCCCGGCGACAGCUUCACCUUCGACGGGACCUGUUCUGCAGACCCUGAGGUCCCGCUUGCUUCACUUUGCCUCGGCUUUAACGUCGCAGCAGGAGUGCGAAUCCUCAAGAACAGCGCAAACGAAAGUGUGCAGUCUGGCACCUGCUGCAACACUGUUCAGAACUCGGUCGUGUCGGUUACGGACGACUGCAGCGAUUGA